AAACCGCGCUGGGCCAAAGGCGGAGAGGCUCCACCGCCCGUCAAACCAAAGCAAAACCAACAAAGCAGACAAACGCGGAGCUGCUCAGCAUCGCCUGCUGCUGCUGUCAAGCCUCUCGACUUCCUCUUCUCAGCUUUGCACUUGUUCCAGGAUGAUUGGUCCCGAAGAUCGUUGGCGCGGAGGUCGGCCCUACGAUCACAAUCGUCAGUCGGGACAGCGUCACCCCAACGCCCGGAACAUGAACAUGCACGGCGGCGCUCGUGGCGGACAGAAUCAGAAUCCACAUCAAAACCCAAAUCAGAACCAGAGCCAGAACCCCAACGCCCGGGGGGCCGGCGACUCACGCGACCAGCUCUCCGCCGCCGGACUGUCCCAGGACCAGCACGUUCCCGUACGAGGCUUCAACGCCGCCGAGGCAAAGGGAGCUCUGAGAAGAGGCCCAGGAGCGCCGAGACCCUUCUUCUACAAAACCCCGGGUAAAGAUGCGAAUAACCGCUCGGGCGGGCCGUGGGGAUCCAAGCCAAACUCGAUGGCCAGCGGGAAGGAUUUCUUCCUCGAGCUGCGAAAGCAAGUUACGACUUUGAAACAGGGUGGUAAUGUUGCGGGUGGCUAAGCUUUGCGGAGUGAGCUUGGGGGCUGGAACGUCGAAUAGACAGAGUAAGGAGGUUGGGGUUGAGGUUGAGGCUGGUUUCGCUGGUCGCUGGCCGAUCGGAGGAUACCUAUCCUUAGCAACGUCACUGAGUUGGCGAAAAUGCGAUUUACGACAUUUGGGCGGAUAUGGGAUUGAGGCAAUUACAUCUACAGGACUAUCAUCAUCUAUCAUCAUACCCGGAUAGCGUAUUCUGAAUGGUUGUCUAAUAGUGCGGAAAUGAUAAAAUGAAAAACAAACAUCGAG